AUGGCUCCCCCCGAUAAAUCUGCUCCACAUAACAACACACCCGAUGACGCCACUCCCGAUGACGCCACUCCCGAUAACUCCAGUCCCGAUGACGCCACUCCCGACAAUGCCACACCUGAUAACUCCAAACAAUCACACAAGGGUUCGUCGGCCACUGAGCGCUCUUCACCAUCAAAAGAGUCGCACAAAUCUUUGUCGCAUGAAAAGCUGACUGAUUCAAAGGACAAUGACAGUGCCAAUAAAGCAGCUCUGGGAGCUGGGAUCGGAGUAGGGUUUGUCCUGCUCGUGUUGGUCAUCGUGUCGAGCAAUUAUUACAACAGUGGGCAGCACCCUCCCCCUAAUUGGCAAGGUUCGGGUCCUCCCGGGGGUGAACAUGUUGUGAGGGUUCAACAACAAGGCAUGGGGAUGGGGAUGGGGAUGGGGAUGGGGAUGGGGAUGGGAAUGGGAAUGGGUCCUCCUAGUAGUGGUGGCUGGGGUGCAUCACAUCCUCAAAUGAACAGUGGUGAUAUGAGCUCAAAUUACUCAGUGGGAAUAGGUUCCACAUCGCCAGGCCUUUCUCUCUCACUCAAGGGUGGUACCUUCACUUAUGAGGAGCUAGCAGCUGCCACCAAAGGAUUUGCCAGUGACCAAAUUAUAGGACAAGGUGGCUUUGGUUAUGUCCAUAAGGGAGUUUUGCCUAAUGGAAAGGAAGUUGCUGUUAAGAGUCUAAAAGCAGGUAGUGGACAAGGAGAGCGCGAGUUCCAAGCUGAGAUUGACAUCAUUAGUCGUGUUCAUCAUCGUCAUCUUGUAUCGCUUGUCGGAUACUGCAUUUCUGGAGGCCAAAGAAUGUUGGUUUAUGAAUUUGUUCCCAACUCAACUAUGGAACAUCACCUUCAUGGAAAAGGCAUGCCUACGAUGGAUUGGGCUAGUAGAAUGCGAAUUGCAAUUGGAUCUGCCAAGGGGCUUGCCUACCUUCAUGAAGAUUGUAGUCCUCGCAUUAUCCAUCGUGACAUUAAAGCUUCUAACGUCCUUCUUGAUGAUAGUUUUGAAGCAAAGGUGUCUGACUUUGGACUGGCUAAAUUGACUAAUGAUACUAAUACACAUGUCUCAACUCGUGUCAUGGGAACAUUCGGGUACUUGGCCCCAGAAUACGCAUCAAGUGGAAAACUGACAGAGAAGUCUGAUGUGUUCUCAUUUGGAGUGAUGCUAUUGGAACUCAUAACUGGGAAACGACCUGUGGAUUUGUCAAAUGCCAUGGAGGACAGUUUGGUGGAUUGGGCUCGACCACUCCUGAAUAAAGGAUUGGAGGAUGGAAACUUUGGAGAGUUAGUGGAUCCAUUUUUGGAAGGCAAUUACAAUGUGCAGGAAAUGACAAGAAUGGCAGCUUGCGCAGCUGCAAGCAUUCGUCAUUCUGCCAAGAAGCGUUCAAAAAUGAGUCAGAUUGUAAGAGCACUGGAAGGAGAUGUCUCAUUGGAUGACUUGAAAGAUGGAAUGAAGCUUGGAGGGAAUGGCAAUGGCAAUGGCAAUGGGAAUGGGAAUGGGAAUGGGAAUAGGAUUGGCGGUGCUUACACUCCGUCAUCUGGAAGCUCAGAAUAUGAUACAAUGCAAUACAAUGCUGAUAUGAUGAAGUUCAGAAAGGCAAUAAUGGAGAGCCAAGAAUUUAAUGAUAGUAGUGAGCUUACCAGUAAGGAGAUGGGUUAUCAUUAG